AGGGACUGUCUUGCAAAUUGCGGAUAUUACCCAAACGUCGAGAUGAGACAGAAAACGCGAAACCAUUAUUUAAACCAAAACGGAAUCAUAACGUUAGUUGCAAUACAAAGAUGCACUGUUUGCAUGAUUGUUGAACAAAUAUCGAUGAAAACGUCACACAAUAUUUGUGAUAUUUGAUAACUCAAGCCAAAGGCGUGUGUGUUAAUUAAGCAACUAACCCAACACAGGGACAAUACCGGGUGUGUGUGCGUGCGCGCGCGCGCGCUGCGGCUCUGAGUCCGAGCCCUUCACUGUGGAAACGGGUCAAAUAGGGGUGCGCACCCACCCUGUUUGCCAUCUUCAUCUCUGCCAUCCUCCACAUUAUUGGCCAAAAGUAAUGCAGUUGAUAAUGCCAUCGUAGCCCACAAGAGUAUUGGCCAAUAGUAUGCAGAUGAUAAUGCCAUCGUAGCCCACUCCUCAGAAGACCUCCAGGACAUUCUGAAUGCCUUUGCCAAGUCAUACAGAGCCCUGGGUCUAGUUUUAAACAUCAAGAAGACAUCGCCUGAAUAACGUCAACCAUAGCCUGAGCUGUGCCAUGCCAGACUCAGGAAAGGAUCGAGUCUUUGAAGACAAAGCCCUAAAAGCACAAACAAAACUCAUAGUCUAUAAGACGGUGAUCCUCCCCACCCUGCUUUAUGGAGCAGAGUCAUAGACCAUCCACCAAAGCCACAUUUCCCUGCCCACACUGCACCAAAAUAUGAGGAGCACAGAUCGGCCUGUACAGCCAUCUGAAGACCCACAAGUAGAUGCCCCUACAGAGGACAGUCAUACUCGUUUCAAGUGACCAGGGAUGGAUGUGUGUGCAUGCAUGCAUGCGUGUGUGUGCAGAUAUGACAUUGCCACAACAGCGACAGUGAAGACUUCAAAGUGAAGAAAUGCAUCAACAGGCCUGUGCUCACGCGCUGCGAGUGAUAUCUACGUUGAACCAACAGAGGAAGCUGGGUCAGUUCUGUGAUGUGGUGCUGAGUGUGGGUACAGGACAGUACUCUGCCCACCGCAAUAUCCUUGCUUGUUUCAGCCAGCUGUUUCAAGAUGCCGGCUCAAACACAACUCAAAACAUGGAGGUCAACCUUCCUCAGGAAUGCCCCUCCGAUGGACUGAAACUCCUUUUAGACUUCUUCUACACAGGUGAACUGAAGCUGGAAAAUGUUAGCUGGGAACGAGUACAUGAUGCAGCAAGUGCUCUAUCAGUGUCCGAUACACUUAUCCCUGCCCAACCCUCAGCAUUAAUGGGUACCUCUGAAACAAGCCUGGCUGAUGUUACCACGAGUGAAGUUAAACCAGAGAGCAGCCUGCUUAAUGUGGAUAAGGCUGAUGGUGUACCUAUUAAGGGAAGAACUAGAGAUAGGCAGAAAGCUAGACAUAAGCGUGAUUGUGUCGUUGGUACAACAGAGGCUCCAGUGUCCGUUACCAUCACUACUACUCGAUCUGGGCGGAGGGUAAAAGAGCCAAGGCGUCUGGUUGGACAGAACUCCACAGAGGUGGCUUCUCAAACUGGCCCACCUAGAAGACAAGGCACAACAUCUAAGGAGGGCAUCAAUACGGAGGAAGUCAGUGCCGAGGCAGAGAAUCAGAGCAGAGCCCAAAAUGCAAAUCAACCAGAGGUGAAUGUGCCCAUUCUGGAUGGAAGUGACCAAAAUACUUCCAACAGCAAAACUGAGAUGGACAAUGACGUGGAAGAGGAUAAUGUUGAUGCUCUCAGUGAUGGUACAGACGAAGAGUACAUACCCAGUAGUUCACCCAAUGUCAUGGCUAAGUCUGGGCAAAGACCCAAACGCAGGUACCAGGGAAAGCCUCUUGAUAAAGAGAAAGGAGAUGACACAGCUAAGGAGAGCAGGAAAGGUUCUGUGCAGUGCCCCACUUGUCAUAAAACUUUCCUGAGCAAAUACUACCUCAAGGUUCAUAACAGGAGACACACAGGGGAAAAACCUUUUAAGUGUGAGAGGUGUGGAAAAUGCUACUACAGAAAGGAAAAUCUCCUUGAACAUCAGAGAAGAAAUUGUCAGAGCAGAACAGAAGUGGUGUUUUCAUGUUCAGUGUGCUCAAAGGUAUUUCAUCGCCGACUCGAGCUGCGGGUUCAUAUGGUCUCACAUACAGGGGAGAUGCCAAACAAGUGUACUUCAUGCUCUGAGCAGUUCAUGCAGAAAAAGGACCUCAGGAUCCACCUGAUCAAAGUCCAUGGAGCUCCUAAACCUCAUGCGUGCUCUCUUUGCACCAAGUGCUUCUUUUCGCGCACAGAACUGCAUCUUCAUGAAGCUUCAAAGCACCGUGGAGAGAAGCUCUUUGUGUGUGAGGAAUGUGGUCAUCGUGCCUCUAGCCGAAAUGGCUUGCAGAUGCACAUAAAAGCAAUACACAGGAAUGAGCGACCAUUUGUGUGUGAAUUCUGCAACCAUGCCUUUACCCAAAAAGCCAAUCUCAACAUGCACCUCCGCACACACACAGGGGAGAAGCCCUUCCAGUGUCACUUGUGUGGCAAAACAUUCCGUACACAAGCCAGUCUUGAUAAGCACCAUCGUACACACACUGGCGAGCGUCCCUACGCCUGCGAGUUCUGUGAGCAGCGUUUCACAGAGAAAGGUCCCCUGCUCCGACAUGUUGCCAGCAAACACCAAGAGGGACGCCCUCAUUACUGCCAAAUCUGCAGCAAGACCUUUAAGGCUGUUGAACAGCUUCGUGUUCAUGUGCAGCGUCACAAAGGAAUGAGAAAAUUUGAGUGUUCACAGUGUGGCUACAAGUUCACCAGACAGGCCCAUCUUAGGCGGCAUGCUCAGAUCCACAAUCGUGUUGAAAACUACAAUCCCCGGCAACGACGUCUACGCAACCUCAUUGUGGAGAUGAGCGAAGACAAGGACCAGACUUCAGCCACUCCCCCAGUUAAACACGGGGCUACCGAGGCACAGACUGAUGUCAUCGCUGGUGUUACAAUACAACCAGGUGCCAUCAUGGUGCAGGAAGUCGUGCCAGUCCAAGGAGCAUCUGAACCAAGCAAUGGAGAAAGCCAGACAUUUCCAGUCUUAUCAACACCAGGCACCAGCACGGGUAGCGGGCAGGCUGAGUUUUCUGUGUUACCUGCGCAAGCUGCGUCCUCAAAUGAUGGGGAGACAGAGUUUACGGUGGUGGAUGUGUUGGACCACAACUUACUGGUGACAGAUACAUUUCCCAUUCAGCAAACUGAGGCAGACAACUAAGCCAGAGGGCAUGCAGCCAGAGGGAAAGAGACUGGGAUUUAACCGAAUCCAGAACUGAACAACAGUUUUUUUUUAAGCAUGAUUUGUCAGGACAUGGCAUGGGGUAUGAGAACACAUCCUUCAAAGAAGAGAAUACAGUACUCCAAUAAAAAUGCAUUUCUUCUGACAAAUUGGUAUAGCAAAAUUGUUUACAAAAUUAUUUAGAUAAAUCGAUUCUAACAGAGAUUUAAAUCUGUGAUGUCAUUAAUUCUGCAUUUUAGGAGGGAGGAAUGAAGAAUAUGAGCAGCCGAUAGGCAUUAAAUGAAUGUUCAUCCAACUCCAAGCGGUAUUAAUCUG